AUGAUGGGGUCCAGAGGGGGCCUCGGGGCCUGCGGGAGCCUGGUGCUGCUGAGCCUGUGCAGCUGGACAGCGGCCAGGGCGGCUGCCCCCAGACCCGGCGGGGACCUGAGUGCCGAGGCCCGGAGCCCCAGCUCCAUCGCCCUGCAGUGGCCGGCGCCCCACGGCCUGGACCGGAGGCACACCCCCCCCUGGGGCCUGGGGGCUGGACCGGAUGGCAGAACUGAGGCCCGACGCACAGCCAGCGCCAGAUUCACGGUGGACAGACUUGGGUCACGGUCUCUGCAUGAGAUUUCCAAGGGGGUGCAGCAGGAUGAGGCCAAUGGCUCCCAGGGGACUCUCCAAGCCAGCACGGACCCCAAUCCUGUCAGGAACCUGAAGGUAGGGGCUCAGACCACCACCUCCAUCACCCUGAUCUGGGAGAAGCCCGAUGACCCUGACUUUCAGGACUACACCUACUGGAUCCAGUGGACUGGGGACGGUAACAAAACGGAGACCAGGAACACAACCGACACCAGCUUCACAGUGGACGGACUGCGACCCGGGUCCUUGUAUGAAUUUGCUGUGUGGGCAGAAAAAAACGGAACCAACAGCUCUGUGACUACUUGCGAGGCUGCCACCGCCACCUCCAUCACCCUGAUCUGGGAGAAGCCAGAUGACCCUGACUUUCAGGACUACACCUACUGGAUCCAGUGGACUGGGGACGGUAACAAAACGGAGACCAGGAACACAACUGACACCAGCUUCACAGUGGACGGACUGCGACCCGGGUCCUUGUAUGAAUUUGCUGUGUGGGCAGAGAAAAAUGGAGCCAACAGCUCCGUGAUGACUUGCGAGGCCACCACUGUCCCCAGUGCAGUGACGAGUCUCCGGGUGCAGCAGCAGACCAACAGCUCCAUCACCUUGAGCUGGACAGCUCCCCCGGGCCGAGACCGUGCUCCCUACACCUACAGGGUCUCAUGGGUCAAGGAGGGCACCAGUGCCGUCAGCCGCCAGGACACCCCAGAUACCGGGAUCACACUGAAAGAACUGGAAGCUGGGAGGUUGUACACCGUCACCGUCUGGGCAGAGAGGAAUAAUGUCAGCAGUGACAACAGGACACUCACUGGAGCCACGGCCCCCAACGCCGUCACAGAUCUGCACAACGAAACCCAGACAAACAACUCCAUCACCCUGCGGUGGGAGGUCCCCACAGACCCCCAGUCUCAGCUCUACACGUACCGGGUCCAGUGGGCCCCUGGGAGACAUCCCCAGGGACAGCAAGACCCCCAGGGACAUCAGGCCAACCACACAGGCAGCACCAACGGCAGUUGCUAUGAGGUGCAGGCCCUGGAGCCCGGGACCCUGUACGCCUUCAGCGUGUGGGCAGACAAGAACAAUGUGACCAGUGAUGCGCAGAGCCUCCUUGCAUCCACAGCCCCAAGCCCGGUCACCAUCACCUCCUGCGUCAGCACCUCUGGGGGCCACGGGGUCAUCUUGACCUGGUCCUGCCCCGUGGGAGGUUACGAGGCCUUUGAGCUGCAGGUGGGUGGACAGACGGACUCCCAGAAUGGAUCCUCCUGUGGGAGGGGUGUGUCUGUGUGGGACCUCAAGCCAGCUCAGUCCUACCUGGCCACCGUCACAGCCAUCUGGGAUGGAGUGAGGGCCCCGUCUGCCCCUGUGACCUGCUACACGGAGAAUGCAGGGGUCAUUGCUGGAGCCGUCGUCGGUGUGCUCCUGUUUCUCAUCCUGGUGGGCCUGCUGGUUUUCUUCCUGAAGAGGAGGCACAGGAAGAGCCAGAGGAGACCAGCACCCAGGGAUCUGCUGGACUCCAGGUAAGCUGAAGGUGACAUCCCCGCACAGGACUUUGCUGCCCACGUCAGGAAGAAUGAGAAGGACGCCAACUUGGGCUUCGCAAAGGAGUACCAGCAAUUGGCUCUGGAGGGCACCAACCAGUCUCAGACUGUGGCCUCAGCUCUCGAAAACAGCACCAAGAACCGUUACCGAAACGUACUGCCCUAUGACUGGUGCCGGGUGACCCUGAAGCCCUGCCCGGAGGAGCCAGGCUCCGACUACAUCAAUGCCAGCUUCAUGCCUGGUCUCUGCAGCCCCCAGGAGUUCAUUGCAGCCCAGGGCCCCUUGCCCCAGACAGUGGGGGACUUCUGGCGACUGGUGUGGGAGCAGCAGAGCCGUGCCCUGGUCAUGCUGACCAACUGUGUGGAGUCUGGCCAGGUGAAGUGUGAGCAUUACUGGCCUCUGGAUGCCCAGCCCUGCACAUACAGGCACCUGCAAGUGACCCUGGAGGCCGAGGAGGUGCUGGAGAACUGGACAGUACGAGACCUGAGGGUUCAGCACACCCAAGAGCAGAAGACACUGCCUGUGCGCCAGUUCCAUUACAUGACCUGGCCAGACCACGGCGUCCCCCACUCCCCAGACCCCUUGCUGGCCUUCUGGAAGGUGGUCCGGCAGUGGCUGGACCAGACCGUCGAGGGAGGCCCCCCCAUUGUGCACUGCAGUGCUGGCGUGGGCCGCACGGGCACCUUCAUUGCCCUGGACAUCCUGCUGCGGCAGCUGGAGCGGGAGCACUGUGUGGGGGUCUUCAGCUGCGUGCGGAAGAUGAGGCAGAGCAGGCCCCUCAUGCUGCAGACUGAGGCCCAGUACGUGUUCCUGCAUCAGUGCAUCCUGCAAGGUCUCCAGCAGUCACACCUAGCCCCAGCUGAGAAUGGGGCGUACGAGAACCCCCUGUAUGAGAAUAUCUAAGCCACAGGAGAGUUGAGAUCCCCAGCCCAGCUAGACAUGGACUCUGGAUCCCCACUGCAGCCCAGAUUCCUGGAGUCCUGGGAGAGCAGGGGGCUCGAGUCCCAGAGGUCUGGAUCUUGCAGGAGGAGGGGAGGCCUGGGAGUCUAAACUGAUUCUCUGGAGGAGAGAAGGCAGCUGGCAGUGGGUAUCCUAGAUUCCUGGCUCCUUGGAGGAGGGAGGGAUGGGGGCUAGACUUUCCUAGUACUUUGAGGGAGGAGGAGGCUGGGGGCUUGGGCUGCUGGAUUUUGCGGAAGGAAAAAAUUAGUGUCUGGGACUCUAGCUACCCCAGGUGCAAAGGCACACAGGACCCAUCCCACCUUGAAUUCCAGAAACCAAAUCUGUCUUCUAGGAUCUGCGGUUUCCCCACCCCCCGAUGCAUGUACAUAUCUUUCUUCUAUCCCAUAAUUUAUUAAAUCACUGUU